AUGGCGGCGGCCUCUUCUGCGGCGCCGGCGAGGCACAGCUGCGCGAAGCUCUCGGUACCAGUGGAGGACCCCAAGGCGGUGCCGGCGGGCGCGGGCACCGUCUUCGUCAAAGCCACGUGGCUGCCGUCCCGCUUCUCCCUCGCGGUGACCGACGGUGCCGGCGCCUGGGUCGCCGACGCCUCCGACCACGAGGUGCGCCUCCGCGCCGAGCAGUGGGACCAGCCAGUCGCCGAUUACCUCGCCCUCGCCGAGCACUACCUCGCCUUCCAACAGCCUGAUUCCACGUACUCCUUCCACGACGCCGGCAAAGGCAACCGCAGGCUCUCAUGGACAUUUGAAAGACAAGGUACCAAGUUGGAAUGGCGAUGGAAGCUGCAGCCUUCACCAAACACGCAGCAGACGAUAUCUGAGAUCCUGGAUUUUCUUAUGGAUGCAAAUAUACGCUUGAGUGAAGAGGUGGUGAGGAAAACACAAUCCUUCGACAAGUUGAAACAAGAAGCUGAGAAGUGCUUGCAACAAAGUGAAAGAUUUAACAAUGAGAAAGCUGAGUUUGAACAAGCCACCUUUUCAAAGUUUGUGGCUGUGUUAAAUUCGAAGAAGGCCAAGCUCAGACAACUCAGAGAUAAAGUUGUGGAACUCGAAUCCGCUGGCAAGAAUCCAAAGGAGGAGGUGGAGCAGGAGGAGGAGAACUCAACGGACCGGACAGAGCUCUUCGAGGGAGAAAGUGACAAAGAAGCAAGCAUCAACGAUGAACCCUCUGGGACAGGCAGCGGCAACGUUCAUAGUUCUCCUGAGAAAUCCGCAUCUACCUCCAGAGGAAGAGGAAGAGGUCGCAAGAGAGCGAAAAAAUAG